AUGUCUCGAUCGAACCCCCCUAACGCUGCGGGGUCCCGCAAGAUCUCUUUCAACGUGAGCGAGCAGUACGAUAUUCAAGAUGUGGUCGGUGAAGGCGCUUACGGUGUCGUCUGUUCCGCCAUUCACAAGCCCUCCGGCCAAAAGGUCGCCAUCAAGAAGAUCACCCCUUUCGAUCACUCCAUGUUCUGUCUAAGAACUCUGCGAGAGAUGAAGCUUCUACGAUACUUCAACCACGAGAACAUUAUUUCCAUUCUUGAUAUCCAGAAGCCCAGGAGUUACGAGUCAUUUAACGAAGUCUAUCUGAUCCAGGAGCUGAUGGAGACGGAUAUGCACCGUGUCAUCCGCACCCAGGACCUUUCUGACGACCAUUGCCAGUACUUCAUCUACCAGACCCUCCGAGCCCUCAAGGCCAUGCACUCAGCCAACGUUCUGCACCGAGACUUGAAGCCUUCCAACCUCCUCCUCAACGCCAACUGCGAUCUUAAGGUGUGCGAUUUCGGUCUUGCGCGAUCUGCUGCCUCUCAGGAGGACAACUCCGGUUUCAUGACCGAAUACGUCGCUACUCGAUGGUACCGUGCGCCCGAGAUCAUGUUGACGUUCAAGGAGUACACCAAGGCUAUCGACGUGUGGUCAGUCGGUUGUAUCCUCGCUGAGAUGCUUAGCGGCAAGCCUCUUUUCCCCGGAAAGGAUUACCACCACCAGUUGACCCUCAUUCUGGACGUGCUGGGCACACCCACCAUGGAGGAUUACUACGGUAUCAAGUCGCGCCGUGCUCGAGAAUACAUCCGAUCGCUGCCAUUCAAGAAGAAGGUCCCAUUCCGAACUCUAUUCCCCAAGACAUCGGAUCUGGCUCUCGACUUGCUCGAGAAGCUUCUCGCUUUCAACCCUGUUAAGCGCAUUACGGUGGAGGAAGCUCUGAAGCACCCCUACCUUGAGCCUUACCACGACCCCGAGGACGAGCCCACAGCGCCCCCAAUUCCCGAGGAGUUCUUUGACUUUGACAAGCACAAGGAUAACUUGAGCAAGGAGCAGCUGAAGCAGUUGAUCUACCAGGAGAUCAUGAGGAAGCCUUUAGAAAGACGAGCAGCGAGUUUGGAGAAGACAGAUAGACCACAACACGAAUCCAUGCAAGCAAUUCUUCGUGUAACUGUUACUGUCGUGGGCCAGAGCACAUCCUACAGUUACCCAGGUAUUCUUUUUAUCGUUAUGAGCUUUUCAGACCGCAACGACUCCCCCGAAACUCCCGAAUCCUCCGGCGCUGGUACGCCCGUCAACUCAAAUCGCGCCUCUGCCUCGUACAUCUCCAACAUGUGGACUGGUCUCAUUCGCCGCUUCUCCAGCGAGGGUUCAUUCCCUAGCCAAACCGACACCGCCUAUGAUGACGACUUCAACUAUCAUAACGGCAACGGCCACAACACGAAAGAUGGCAUAAACGGCGUCUUUUCUCCAGUGCGACGCAUUGCCAGUCCUAUGCGUCCUCCGCCGCUUGAUCCUCUUAUUCUUCAUGGUUAUCGUCCCGGGACGCCUUCGUCAGCCAAAUUGCUGAGUCCAGCGGUGGCGGAAGAGAUUCGGACCAUGGUUCCUGAGCGCUUGCGCAUCGUCGACGACUGGCAUCUUAUCUAUAGCCUCGAACAGGACGGCGCGAGCUUGGCGACGCUGUACCAGCGGUGUCGCCAGUUUGAGGGCAAGCGGGCGGGUUUUGUCCUUGUUAUCAAGGAUCUUGAAGGAGGGGUCUUUGGCGCAUACCUUUCCGAAUAUCCUCACCCCACGCACACGUAUUUCGGAAACGGCGAGUGCUUCCUCUGGCGAGCUUCAACUAUCACACCUCUCCCACCGCCUCCAUCGGCCGAUACGACGGAUCUCAACUCUCGAAACACAACCCUCGCUCCACCGCCUCCUUCGUCAGAAACUAACACGCCAACGCACUCCCGCGCACCGUCACCUACGCCUAGUGAAGCGGUGCGGUUCAAGGCAUUCCCGUAUAGCGGUCUGAACGACUUUUGCAUUAACUGCGAAACGGGCUUUUUGAGCGUUGGAUCAGGCGGUGGUCAUUAUGGGCUGUGGCUAGACAAUGGACUCGAAAAUGGCCACAGCUCAAGAUGCGAGACAUAUGGCAACGAGCCGUUGAGCGACGAAGGAACCAAGUUUGGUGUCAUCGGUGUGGAACUCUGGGUUAUGGGCGUAUGA